AUGUUUCCCUCAUUAUUUGAGAUCAUUCAUAUCCCCCUUAACUUCUUGUUCGUAUUCUUACUGUUCUUGAUUACUUUCAAAUUGCUUUCACUUACUUCUAAUAAAACCCCAAGGAACCCACCACCAACACUACGAAAGCUUCCAAUAAUCGGAAACCUUCACCAACUAGGCUCAAGCCCCCAUCACACUUUACGAGCCUUAAGCCAUAAACAUGGACCACUUUUGUUGAUGCACUUAGGUAGUAUACCUUUGUUAGUAGCAUCCUCAGCUGAAGCAGCUAAAGAAAUCUUGAAAACACAUGAUUUGAUAUUCGCAAAUCGACCGAAACUAUACUUCCACGACAAACUUAGUUAUGGCUCUAAAGACAUAGGAUUUGCUCCGUACGGCGAGCACUGGAGGCAGGUCAAGAGCAUUACCGUGCUCCAUCUUCUAAGUCGUAAACAAGUUCAAUCAUUUCGAAAAAUAAGAGAAAAGCAAACUAUUCAUAUGCUUGAAAUGAUGGGUAAAAGUUGUGGUUCCGUAAUUAAUUUGACUGAGCUACUUUUUUUGCUCACUAUAAACAUACUAUGUGAGGUAGCCUUUGGAAAGAAAGGUGAUUUAAAGUUUAUGGACUUAAUGGCAAGAAUGCAAAUCCUACUUGGCGGUUUUGAUGUAGGGAGCUAUAUUCCAUGCCUAUCAUGGGUGAAUUGGUUGCAUGAGGGUCAGGCAAAUAAAGUAGUUAAAGAAUAUGACGAGUUUUUUGAUGGUGUUAUUGAUGAACAUAUCAAUAAAAGCAUUAAAAUGGAUGUUAAUGAUACUAAGGGUAGACAAAAUGAAGGAAGAGAUAUAGUUGAUAUCUUACUUGAUGUUCAAAGAGAUAACACACUCAAAUUUAAAUUUGGUAGAGAUACCAUUAAAGCCGUCAUCUUUGAUGUGUUUACUGCUGGAAUUGAAGCAACAAGCUCAAGUAUAGAAUGGGCACUAAGCGAGAUAAUAAGACACCCACGUGUAAUGAAGAAGCUUCAAACCGAGGUAACACAAAUAGCUCAAGGGAGAUCCAUGAUCACCGAGGAUGAUCUACAUGAAAUGCCUUACUUGAAAGUUGUCAUGAAAGAAAGCUUGCGAUUACACGUUCCAAUCCCGCUACUAGUUCCUCGCGAAGCAAGAGAGGAUGUUAAAGUAAUGGGUUAUGAUAUUGCAAAAGGCACCCAAGUGAUGAUUAAUGCUUGGGCAAUAGCAAGAGAUCCUUCCAAUUGGGAAGAACCAGAUAAAUUUUACCCGGAAAGGUUUUUGAACAGUUCUAUUGACUAUAAAGGAUUUGAUUUUGAAUUGAUACCUUUUGGUGCUGGUAGAAGAGGGUGUCCUGGUGCUGAAUUUGCUAUGGUAAUUGAUGAGCUUGUUAUAGCAAACAUGCUGCUAAAGUUCGAUUUAGCGAUGCCAAAUGAUGGGAGACCCGAAGAAUUAGACAUGACCGAAACUCUCGGAUUUACUGUUAAAAAGAAGUCUAAUCUACUCGUUGUGCCUUCUUCUCGUUUAGAGUUAAGUAACUGCUUGGAUUUGCACCUCGGAUGA